AUGGAGGUGCUGCGGCGCUCCUCAGUCUUCGCCGCCGAGAUCAUGGACGCCUUUGACCGCUCGCCCACCGACAAGGAGCUGGUGGCCCAGGCCAAGGCGCUCGGCCGGGAGUUCGUGCACGCGCGGCUGCUGCGCGCCGGCCUCGCCUGGAGCGCGCCGGAGCGCGCCGCGCCCGCCCCCGGCGGCCGCCUGGCCGAAGUGUGCACGGUGCUGCUGCGCCUGGCGGACGAGCUGGAGCUGAUCCGGCCCAGCGUCUACCGCAACGUGGCCCGCCAGCUGAACAUCCCCCUGCAGUCCGAGACCGUGGUGACCGACGCCUUCCUGGCUGUGGCGGCCCAGAUCGUUUCUGCAGGUAGGCCUGUGUGUCCAGGGGGCCCACACUGCUGGCAUGGCUCAGGGUCUGUGGGUCAGGGCCGGGGCUGCAGCGCUGGGUGGGCUCUCAGGGAAGCCUCCCUGGGUCCAAGGACAGUGGGCCUCUUGUGCGGUCCUGGGGCUGCAGUGACCGGAAGCCCUGUCUGGGCUGCAUGUCCCAGGCUGCCAGUUGGUGCUGACUGUUGGCUGGAGUGGGGUGGGGCUGUUCUGCGUGUGGCAGUACGUGUCCUGUGGGGCUUGGGCUCUCAUGGCGUGGCCGCAGGUCGCAAGCAGCCCAAGUGGGCGCCGCCAGGCUCUUUUGACGUAAGAAGUUGCCGUGUCACUGAGCCUGAGUCUGUUGGUCAGAGGCAGGUCGCAGAACAGCCCCCACAGUGGGAGGGGUGCACUAGGGUGGGAGUCCCUGGUGGAGCGGCUCACCGGCACACGUUUGGAGAAUGUUGACACACCUGUCUCACCCGGCUGGCCCGCAGUCACCUGUGGAUCUCCCGGAGCCUCCACCUGGGCCCUAGGAGCAGGUGACGUCUGCCCCUCCUCCGUGUGCCCUCGCCCUGAGUUCAGCUCGUGCUGCUUCCGGUCUGCACACCUGCCUCCAGGCUCCCAGGAAACUCUAGGACUCAUCCCCCAAAACCCCCUCUCGUUCCCCCGCCGCCUCCUGGGACCUGCUGGGCUCCCUGAGGUCCACAGACCUUGUCUCCCCACCCGUGACCUCGUGCCCUGUUCUGGCGCCCCUGCCCUGCGUGUCCACCUUGGUCCUGUGUCCUGGUACGUAGCAGGUGCCAGGCGCUGCUGGCCAUCAGGUGACCGAAGCCCCCAGCCCAGUGCAGCACCUGCCCCAUCAGCCGAUCCCACCGAGGUUUCCCUAGCACUGUCUGGCGCUGCCCUGGGCCUGGGGACCCUGUGAUGGACGGGAUGGCCAGUCCCAGCCCUCAAGGAGGGGGACUUGGGGGCCCCAGAGCCAGAGUGUUCCCGGGGCGCAUCCUGGUGGAGUGGGGGUGUGAGUGGCCACGUGGCAUCGAGGGUGGGAAGGGCUUUGGGGAGGACGGGCCCCUUCUGCGAGGCGGCUUUGGGUCUGUCGUCGACCAGCGGCGUGACCUUGGAACACCCCUUGCCGUUCCUUAGCCAUCGGAUGGUUGGGACGGCAGCAGGGCUUUGGGGCAGAGGGCGCUGGGAGCCACAGUCCCACCCCAUGGGGGACCUCCGCCCACCGGCAGAAGAAAGGAGGCCGGUGGAGGGGCUGGGGCUGCCGCAUCCCAUCAGAGGGCCCCCAGCCCGCUGACCGCACCCUCUGGGUGUUGCCCUGCACUGUCCCCUCUCGGGGAGGCCCCUCCGACCCCUGGUGGGCAGGCUGGCGUGGCAGGGACGCGGGACCCCCGGCUGCAGGACCCAGCCUCCAGGGCGUCACUGGGUGGCCAGGACUUCACGGGGGAGUGCCUGGGAGGGAGGGGGCUGGUGAGAGGCGUGGGAUGCCCAGGAGGUCUGGCAGUCCUGACCCGGGUGCCCUCGCGGUGACCUGGGCAGGCCGGGGAAGGGAGCUGACAGCCGCCCUGGGCCCUCCCUGGGCUCCCGUCAGGCCUGACGCUGGCGCGUGGGUGGCCGCCGGUGUCUGUCUCCGCUGGCGCGUGGGCGGGCGGCUGGCUUAGAGCGAGGGCUGGCUUUAAAAGGAAGGGUCAUCUCUGAGAAUGCGGCUGCGGCCGCUGGUGUUCGGGACUGAGGGGGCGGGGGGCGGCUGGGCCCCGGGGAGGUGGCUGGUGUGUGGGCAGGGACAGAGGGCGGGCAGCCGGGACGAAGCGCCCACCCCUGCCUGCCCCGCUUGCUCAGUGCCGGACGGGCCGGAGACGUGCCCAGAAGGGCUCUGGGUUCUGGAAGGACGAGGCGGGGGCUGGGGCAGGGCGGGGAGGAAGGUGUGGCCGUGAUGAAUGGGCACAGGGUACCAGUGGCUUCUUUCACUUGGGGAGUUCAGUUUAAAGCCCGUGAUUUUUCGCUUGAAACCAGAGCAGGAUGUACUUCUCUGCGAUCAAGCAUCCCCGCCCCACCCAGCUGGCCCUACCCUUUUCUCGUGGUGGCCUCCACACCGCCACCUGCCCCUCUGGUGCUUUGGGACGCCCAGACCCUCAUGGGCUCUGUGACCUGCAGGUGGUUCUUAACCUCUGUGGACCUCAGAGCCACCUGAAAGGGGAGCAGGGACAGGCUCCGUGGAGCACAGGGCUGCGGGCCGCCCCUUGUGCUGCUGACGGGCUCUCAGUCCACCCCCCGACCAGCCCGUGGCUGCCGCACGCACCCUCCCGCUUCCUGCCCACCC